AUGGGGGAGCUGCAUGCGCAAGCGCUCUGCAACAAGCGAAGGGAAGGAGAUGUUCGUGCACCUUUUGCUGCGCUUGAGCUUUCCGCAUCGUUCUGCGACUCGCGCAACAUGCUAGAGUCGGGCCGCCAAAAGCGACCUGAUGUGUGGCGCAGUCGCGUAAGCGGCUGUGCUGGUAGAGUCGCUGUGGAGCCAGCGGUUACGACGAAGCUGAGGCCGUUGGUAACUCCGCCUGGUCUAGAGAGCUAG